AUGGGAAGAGCACCAUGCUGUGACAAAUCAAAUGUGAAGAGAGGGCCAUGGUCACCUGAGGAAGAUGGCAAGCUGAAGGAGUACAUUGAGAAAUGUGGCACUGGAGGCAACUGGAUUUCCCUCCCUCAGAAAGCUGGGUUGAAGAGAUGUGGGAAGAGCUGCAGGCUGAGAUGGCUGAACUACCUGAGACCAAACAUCAAGCAUGGUGAAUUCACUGAUGAGGAAGACAACAUCAUCUGCACCCUCUUUGCCACCAUUGGCAGCAGAUGGUCAAUAAUAGCAGCACAGUUACCAGGAAGGACUGACAAUGAUAUCAAGAACUACUGGAACACCAAGCUCAAGAAGAAGCUCAUGAUGUCCAUGGCUCCUCCUCCUCCUUCCUCUCACUCUCAUCACUUCCCUUCAUACCAUCAUCACCAGACUUCCCAUCUCCAGUCCUAUAACACCACCACCACCACCACCACUCCUUCUCCAUUCAUCAAAUCUUUGACCAGUAGUGGGUUUGACAUGAUCUCACCAUUACUCCAAUCCAAUCUCAUGGGUACCACCACAACAAAUUCCUCCCUUUUCCAAGCCCUUCAGGAGGAUGGGAACAACAACCCUUUCUUGAGCAACAAGCACUACAACAACAACAACAACAACAACAACAGUAACUUGUUGGUGUUUGGGAGUGGUUCUCAUGAAGCAGCUGCAGCCAGUUGCAGUUCAAACUCAGAUGGGAGUUUUGGGGGGCAGCAGCUCAGCUAUGGUGGGUAUCAAACAGUUGCAACUACCACACAAUUGAUGCCGGAUCCUCAUCAUCAUCAUCAUCAUCAGAAUCUUGAAGAGCAAGUUAAGCAACUCAUCGUAAUGCCGAGUACCAGCUGUGAUGAUAUAAUUAGCAGCAGCAGCAACAACAAGAAGAAGAAUUGUAGUGGUGAAUAUCCUGACAUUAAUAACACCCUUCUCAUCAGUAGUGUUGUUGAUGACAACAAGGCUGUGCAGGAGAAGCUCAUGUACUAUUACUACUAG